AUGCCUUCUCCUAGUUGUUUAGUGAUAUUCUGUAUGAGGGGAGCCAGGUCGGGGGUAGGAUCUGAGGUGGGUGUCGGGACGAACUUCAGUCCAAGGGAGAGGACGUCAGUUUCAGCUGUGGAGAGGGUCUGUCCAGAGAGGUUUGCCAACAGGAGACAGGAGGAGAUUGAUAAGUUGGUCAUUGAGAGGAGAGUGCUGAGGAGGAAAGCCAGGAAAGCUUGUUCCCAGUCUGUAAAGGAUGGUUUCAAUGCUUUGCUUAGAGGCCUGGCAGAGAAGCUGUGUAAGUUGAGAAGAGCAGAGGCAAGGAGGAAGAAGCAGAGAGAAGUGAGGAGACAGAGAGGUGGGUUUACUCGAGAUCCUUUCAAGGCUAUUAAAGGUAUUCUUGAACCAAGCCCUGUGGGAGAGUUAAAGUGUAGUAAGGAGGAGUUAGACAACCACCUGUCUAAUACGUAUAGUGAUGCCAGUCGGGCAGUUCCUCUUGGCGUUCUGAAUGGGUUACCUGAGGCAGCUCCUAGCCCAACUGUGGGGUUUGACAGCAGGAAUAUAACCAAGAAGGAGUUCGAAGAGGUUGUUAAGAAAGCCAGAGGUAAGAGUUCACCUGGUAACAACGGCAUCCCGUAUACGGUGUACAAGAGGUGUCCAGGAAUAUCUCAGAACUUGUGGCAUGUGCUGAGAGGAGGCUACAAGGCUGAGGAGUACCCAGACAACUGUAGGUACUUUGAAGGGAUCUACAUUCCUAAGGCGGAUGGAGAUUUUGGACCCAGCACAGGACGUCCUAUAUCGCUAGGAAACAUUCAGGGGAAGAUAUACCUCGCUGUGUUGGCGAAAAGAUUAACCAACUUUGUUGUCGCUAACGGGUAUGUGGAUCUCUCUGUGCAGAAGGGUGGAGUUCCUGGUGUACACGGAUGUACAGAGCACUUUGGAGCUAUGUGGGAGGUGCUCAAAGAUGCUAGAGUUAAGAGAAAGGAUCUGAGUGUUGUCUGGUUAGACUUGGCGAAUGCUUACGGGGCUGUUCCACAUUUACUUAUUGUGAAAGCACUCCGCUUCUAUCAUAUCCCCGAGAAAGUUAUCAACAUCGUUAUCAAAUACUUCUCGGAAGUUUACGGAAGAUUCUCCUCUAAAACAGUGACAUCAGAGUGGCAGCAGUUCGAGAUAGGAAUAUUUAUGGGCUGUGUCAUCUCGGUGAUCUUGUUUGUGCUAUGCAUGAACCUUUCUGACGAGUACUUGAAGAUGAAGGUACCCAGGAGUGUCGAGUACAUUAAGGAUGGAACAGCUAUACCACCCCUUAAGCUGUUUAUGGAUGAUAGCUGCCUUACCACGGCUAAAAUGGUAGAUAUGCAAACCCUGCUUGAUGUUUAUCAGGAGUUCGUUGUGUGGUCAAGGUUCAAGCUUAAGUCGUCUAAGUCUAGGGCACUAGUCUACCAGAAGGGAGUGACAGUGGAGUGGGUUGUAGAGAGUUCAGAAGGUAGUCAGGCGAGGUUGCAGCUUAGCGGGGAGGUGAUCCCGAAUGUAUCUGAGAAACCAAUCAAGUUUCUAGGGAGGUGGAUUCGGGCAGAAGGAAAGGACAAAGCUAUAAUCGAGAAAACACACGAGGAUCUUGUUACAUACCUCAGUAGACUCGAUCUUAGCUCCCUCACCGGCCUGCAGAAAUGUUGGGGGUAUCAGUAUAUGGUCCUUCCAAAGAUGAAGUGGCCACUUGCCAUUUAUGAUAUCCCGAUCAGCACUGUUUCUCGCUGGGAGCAAACAACUAACAGUCAUCUCAGAAAAUGGCUAGGAGUGGGACACACGCUUAGUAGCUCUUGCCUGUUUAGUCAUUCAUCCAGUGUUGCUCUCCCCAUCGACAACCUAACCGACACUUGGAAAGUAGAAAAGUGCCGUCUCUUGCAGUCAUAUCAAACAUCUCAGGAUGCUUUGAUCAGAGCGGUGCAACCCCAGGUGCGGUCUGGGAGAGUUUGGAAGGCAGAUGCUCAGCUUCACGAAGCUGAAAGAGACUUGGUGUGUGAGUCAGUGCGAGGUAUGGUGCAACCUCUUAGUAGAGCGGGAAUUGGUUUCGGUGAUUGGAAGAAGCCCUGGGAGAAGAUGUCAGAAAAGGAGCAGCAGAGGGAGGUGUUGGAUAGGGUUAAGGAGAACAUCAGGAAGGAAAGAGAGGUGCAGUUGGGUACGUUGGAGAUGCAGUCCAGGUGGGGUAAUUGGAGAGAGCUGGUGACAAGGACUGACAUGAGCUGGCACACGCUCUUCAAGUAUGGGGACUCAUUAAUCGGUUUUCUGCUUAGUGCUGUGUAUGGCACGCUUAUUACACCAGCUUUAGCAUCCAAGUGGAGCGAGGAUGAGGAUGGGAUGUGCAAGCUGUGUGGUGACAAGUUGGGAACUGUGCCGCAUAUUCUGGCUGGUUGUCCUGUGGCACUAAGUCAAGGGAGAUACCGAUGGCGCCACGAUAAGGUGCUUAAACAAAUAGCAGACCAAGUGAAAUUCCAUUGUGAGCGGAGAGUCAACAAGAGGAAGAGCUCUUGUGUCACUCGGAAAGCCAUUGAGUUUGUUCCAGCAGGAGGGAGGUUUAAGGAGGUGAAGAGGUCGAAAGUCAGUGAGUUUGGGAUUCUGAGUGGGGCCACUGAUUGGAUAGUAUUAGCAGACCUGGAUGAGCAGCUGAAAUUCCCGUCGGAUAUAGCAACGACCAGAUUAAGACCAGAUUUGGUUCUUUUCUCGAAAGCUUCCAAGAGAGUAAUCUGGUGGGAGCUUACAGUACCGUCGGAAGAGAGAAUAGCUGCAUCCCAUGAGCUGAAGCUUGAUCGGUAUAACAGUCUACAAGCGGAAAUACAAGCUAAUGGGUGGUCAUGUUUCAGCUUUGCUGUUGAGGUUGGUGCUAGAGGUGUGGUCGCAGCAAGUUUGGAGUGUGCAUCAAGGAAGAUUGGUCUGACUGGGAGAGCCCUCAAGAAGUUGGUCAGAGAUUAUCAGAUGGUGGUCCAAGAGAGACUGCUGGGGCACCUGACAGAAAACCGUAUCGCAAUGAAAGCCCCGAAACGGUGUCAGGCAUGGGCUCCAAUGGCUAGGCAUGGAAACUGGUCACUGAUUCUUGAAUUGGAAGGUGUUCAAAGAUCGUUCACCCGUAUGAUUGAUGGAUUGGGACUCAUGACGUACAGAGAGAGACUGGAUAAGCUGAACCUCACAACCCUGCUUGAACGCAGGGUUCGUGGAGAUCUCAUUGAGAUGUUCAAGAUCCAGGAAGGCUUUGUGGGUUAUGGUUCCGAUUUAUUUGGUCGUUCUGAUAACAGAGACCCCUAG